AUGGUGGAAGAAAGCUGGCCGUUAUUUACAAAGGCAAUGCCUCCAAUAUCCCUUCAGACUCGCGUCAACUCGGCUACAUGGCGUGGAAUGGCACGCUUGGCGCGUCCAAGGCCGACUUUCAAAGUACCUAGUCGUUCAACUCAACGACAACCUGGACCAUGGCUUCACACAUCAGCUAUAACUCAACGGCCAGAACCGAAAAACCCAAAACGGAAGCCCACCCCAUCACCAACAGAAGCCCAACUUGAAGACGAUGAAAUGGACUUUGUCAUCGACCCAGACGAAGUCCACGCCGUCAUCCAAACCGCCAAAUCCACCUGGCCCACGCACCCCAACCUCCCCUCAGGCUGGAGCAGCGACUGGUCCAAAUGGAGCCACCUCCUCACCUUCUUCUACCCAGCCCCCUACUACUUCCUCCGCCUCCCCCAAAUAGAAAUGUUCGUCAACAUACGACACGCGAUCCGCGGUGACGUCCUCCCGCUCGCGUACAACAACUCUCUUGAAGGGUUCGUGUUCACUACCAUAAGACGCACGCCCCCCCGGGAACUGGGAAAUAGGUUUUAUUAUAUCGAUUGGAAGAGGCAGGAGUUGUUUAGGAUUGAGGAGGGGGAGGGGGGAGGGACGAGUGAGAAGAGGAUGGUGCAGCUUUUACGUGAUUCUAGAGGGAUUGAGGGGAUGAAUCUUGUCAAGCUCAGACCGGAUCCCGAGGGGGAUAGGGUUGUGCAGAGGAUAUUGGACCAUGAUGAUACGGUCAUACCUCUCUUGGGAGAGAAAUAUCUGGAGUAUACCCCCGCACCGACCGAGGCGCUGUUGGACCAUUAUAUCGGGGAAGCUGAAGCCCUGACGCAGGGGGAAGAAGUUCAAGAAGAGGGUGCUGCUGUUGAAGAGCACCCCGGGGAGCCGGAGACAACGAAGGCGCUGGAGGAUAUAUUAGAGUCGAUGCGCGGAAAAGUUCCAGAGGACCAAGAAGAAGAGAUAACGCGACGUUUGUAUGAAUUGCAAGCGCAGGCUCCGGAAGAACUGGGAGAGUUGUUGGAGAUGGCGCAGAAGAUGGAUGGUAUGACGGAGGAUCAGGCGGAAAGGGUCGGGGAGGAAAUACAGGAGGCCAUGGGCGACCUCAUGGAUGAGGUUUCUCAGUCUAGCAAAACCUUGGCGAAGUUGUUGAAGGAAACGAAGAAACAGAGCAAGGCAAAUGCAUGA